AGCGCCUGCGCGGCCGAGGCCGAGGAGGCUGUGGCGGUCGCGGCGAUGGAAGCAGCGGAGCCGCUGAACGAGUUAGUGUCAGCCGAGGGCCGAAACCGGAAGGCGGUGCUGUGCCAACGUUGUGGCUCCCGGGUGCUGCAGCCAGGGACUGCUGUCUUCUCCCGCCGGCAGCUUUUCCUUCCCUCUAUGAGAAAGAAGCCAGCUCUGGCUGAUGGCAGCAAUCCUGAUGGCGAUCUCCUCCAGGACCACUGGCUGGUUGAUGACAUGUUUAUCUUUGAGAACGUGGGCUUCACCAAAGACGUGGGCAACAUCAAGUUUCUGGUCUGUGCAGACUGUGAAAUUGGACCAAUUGGCUGGCAUUGCCUAGAUGACAAGAACAGUUUCUAUGUGGCCUUGGAACGGGUUUCCCAUGAGUAACUGAGGCGAGGGGGACUCAGCUCUACCCCCAACUAUAAAAGCGACUCCCCACAAGAACUGGCAUUUAACCUGGCAUAACUGUUCUGCUGCCGCCUUCUCUGUACUUCUAUAAAUAAUGAGUACCAGCAUGUCCACUUGAACACGCACAGGGUUAAUCCUGCUUCCUUAGAGCCUCAAGUGCACACCUCUUGCUUAGUUCAUGUUGCAACACAACAUUUCCUAAUCUCCCUUUUCCCCCAGUUUUGGGACACUGAUGCCUCCACAAACCUAGUCUCAUUCCUGGCAUUCUGCCUAGGCUCUAUUUUACCCAGGAGCUCCCUUUUUUUCUUGCAAUAGAAGAGUAGUAGUCAGCCUUUUAGCCAUGAUGACAUGUCAAAAGAUGCUCACGUGUUGAUAGUUGAAACUGCCUUUUUCUGUCUCACUCAAGAAAACAUAUAAGUAUCCGAGAGUGACUUUGUUGUAUGGCUAACCUUCUUAUCCACAGUAAUUUAUUUUUUCUAAAAGUAAAGCAUUUACAAAUUUCAGUAUUUAAACUGCUAAUCAGAAAUGCAUUACUUUGGAUACAUCUCUAAUACCAUGUUUGAGAGCUUCUGCUCAAGGUUGGUAAUGACAUUUUAUUGUGAAGAAGAAUGUGGUCCCUCUUCUCUUCAAAUCUUGAUGUGGUGCUUAUAGCCUGUAAAUUGAGAAUCAGAUUUUCAACCCCAUCUGGCAGCCACCACAUGGAAAAUUUAGCACCAGCUGUUUACCCAGGCUCUCUUGGAAUCAGAGUGGAAGGUGUAAGAAAUAAUGAGGGAUAGGCCUUUGCCAAAUUAUUCAUGAGUUUAUAGGUUUGUCUCAUCUGGACAGGUAACUUUCUUUGUUCUCAGGAAAGACUUCUUUAAUGGAUAGGAUCAUCAUUUACCGAACCUACUGGGCAUGAUCUUCAGAAAGUUUUUGUUCAAUUGGAAUCUCUAUACCAACUCAGAAUACAAACCUUCCAAAUGCCUCUAUUUCUAUAUCUGUGGCUUUGCUCUAACAGUUUGAUAUUAGCAAACUUAUUUAAGCAUUCAACAUGAUUUCCAAUUAUUCUGUCAGUUCUCUUCUGAAAUAACUCACCAUCCUAGAAGUAAUCUGUAUAAUCAGGUUUCAGGUGUCCUCCCGUCAUCCCUCCCUCUAAGAUUCAGGAGACCUAAAAUUGAAAUAAGGACUAACUAGAGACUUCCUUUGCAUCUGUUUUCUGGUUGCUUCCUCCUUCCUUCACCCCACAAUUUUGUAAGCAUUUCCCACUAGAAUACAGGCCUUGGGCACAGUUCUGUAGCCAACCUACUCUCCUAGAAAGGUGGCUUUCUUCCCAGACAGAGCCAGAGCAAGCUCCAGUACAAAAUAAGAGAACUCUUUUCUAAACAAAUGGUCAAAUGUCCAUUAUUGUGCUAUUUGCAGAAGAGCAACUGAGAAUUAUCCACUCAGGUCAGAAAGAAUAAAACCAAGUAGAUGCCUCUGGGGCAUAUGGCCCCUCACAUCGCAAGCCAGAACCUAAGCUAAGCAUUUUUUAAAAUUAGGCUUUAAGUUUCUUUUUGUAAUCACAGAAAUAGUAUAUGAGUACAUAUUCAUUGCAGAUAAGUUGAAAAAUGGAUAUAAAAAAAAUUUUAAUUAACUCACACUUCCACCAUUCAGAGAUUGCCAAUAGUAAUGUGGUAUAUAUCCUUCUCAAUGUUUUGCUAUAUGUUUAUAUAAACGCGUGGUUUUUUAAAGACAAAUAUGAGAUCAUGCUGUACUCUUUUAUAACUUGCAUUUUUCAUUUAACAAAACAGGGUGAACAUCUUCCCAUGUCAGUAGAUAGCCAUCUAUGUACACCAUUGUUAUUAGUAUUUCAUUGUAUUGCAGCACUAUAAUUUAUUUAAACAAUCCACUAUUGGGUUGUUUCCAGUUUCUUAUAAACAAUGAUGUAACGUGUAACGUUAUAGUUAAAUCUGUAUCCACAUUCUAAUUAUUUCCUUGGCAUGAAUUAUUAGAAGCAAAAUUGUAGGAUAUACACAUUUUCAAGGCUUUACUAUAUUGACACAUUCCACAAAAAAACUUGUGUUAAUCUACCCUCGUCCAGUGGUGUGAGAGAACACUUAUUUCUCUGAGCCCUUACCGAUACUGGGUAUUAUUAAAAAAAUAUUUUGAGCUAGCCGGUUAGCUCACUUGGUUAGAGCAUGGUGCUGAUAACACCAAGGUCAAGAGUUUGUAUCAGCCAGCCACCCUUCCCCCCACAAAAAAAACAAAUAUAUAUAUAUAUAGGAUUUUUUGCCACUUUAAUAGGAGGGAAAAAAUAGUAUCUCAUUGUUUUAAAUUGCAUUUAUUUUAUCUCUAAUAAUUUUUAUACAUCUAUCAUUCAUUUUUAUUUCCUUUUUUGAGAACUGCCAAACAGUGUGGCCCCAGUAGCCAAAAAUAUUGAGUUGCUAUUCUGCCUUUUCAGUUU